AUGGCAGGAGCCAAAGCAAGAGCAAUAUUGUUGGUGAACGCUGCUUUAAGUGGCCGUGUAAACGAAAUAGCUCAAAACAACGAUGUAUACAAUAAUCAUUACCUCAAAAAUAUAGCAGACAAAUACCGUAUCAAGAAAACUUCAUAUAACCAAAUUUUUGUCACACAAUUCAACCUGUCGUUUGGAUACCCAAAGAGUGAUACGUGCGCUACGUGCGAUGCUGGAGACUUAAAUGACGAACAUAAGUCCAAUUAUUAUGCUGCUGUUGAAGCUAUGCAAGUUGACCGUAGAAAACCAACUCGAGAUGGCGAUAUUGUGUACGUUACAAUGGAUUUACAACAAACCAUGCCAUUACCAAAACUAACAACAUCAAAAGCAUUCUACUUGCGUCAACUGUGGUUUUACAACCUGGGUAUUAUGUUUGUGAUGGAAGCAAAGAAAAAGCCGUAUUUGUCAUGGACUGAAAUUUGGGACCGGGAAGUGCCGAAGUUGGAGCGCACUUCUAAGAUUUGUGGAAAUAGAUCAGUUGCCAAAACAAAGAACACCUAUUAA